GGUGAGACCUUCCUGGAGCACAUCUCUGGAAAAUGUGCUGGAAGUAGUUUAGAGUCCUGAUCUGAGCUUGACUUGCCAGGAUGAUUCAAGGAGUUUCAGAGAUCGCUGCGCUGUUGGUCGGCGUGGUCGGACUGAUCGGAGCCGCAGCUGCUACCGGAAUGCCCAUGUGGAAGGUGACGGCCUUCAUCGAGGAGAACAUCAUCGUGAUGGAGACCCGCUGGGAGGGCUUGUGGAUGAACUGCUACAGACAGGCCAACAUCAGGAUGCAGUGCAAGGUCUAUGACUCCCUGCUGUUCCUUCCGUCGGAGCUACAGGCUGCGCGCGGACUCAUGUGUUGCUCGCUGGCUCUCUCGGGAAUCGGGCUGAUCGUUGGUCUCACUGGGCUGCGAUGCGUUUCCUGUUUUCGUGGCAACAGAUGGGCUAAAACCUUGAUGCUGAUGGUGGCCGGGGUGAUGCAGUUCCUGGCCUGUAUCUGUGUCUUCAUCCCCGUGUCCUGGACUGGCCAUGUCAUCAUCAGGGACUUCUACAACCCCCUGCUGAUCGACGCGCAGAGGAGAGAGUUGGGAGAAGCCCUCUACAUCGGGUGGGUCGCCGGUGCCUUUCUUUUUUGCUCCGCUUUGCUGUUUGUCUGCCGCCGGCGACCAAAGGAGAAAGGAUCUUUCGAGGUGUACCACCCGCCCAAUCUGCUCAGCUACAAGGCGAUACCAAGCAGGCAGGCCUUCGUCAACUACCGUCCCGUCUCCACUCUCUCCAGCCUGCAGUCCACGAUGGCCCGGCCACCGCCGUUGAGCAACACCCCAGUUGGACCGCCGAUCCCAAGUGUUCCUCAGCUGCUGGCAAACAACGGCGCUGUGAUCAGCCCCCCGGUGGUUUACAACCCAGAAAGCGCUUCACUCCUGUAUCAAGCCAGUUUAGCUCACCAGGCGUCUCUGAGGAGCAACCCGGUCGGAAGCCUGUACACGCCUGCAAACUCCCUGUACCUCAGCCAGAACACAGCUCCGUACUCACCAACGUACAUUCCCUCCACGUCCUACCAGUCCAGCUUCCAUCCAGUUCAACAGAACCCUGUUUUCAUUGGAUACAAACAGUCAACAGUGGAACCGGAGUCGUUCAGUGUGAGCAGCGCAGGCGUCUACAUCUGAGCGGAUGUUUGGGACACUGAAAAAAACUUUGUCAGUUAGUAACUUAAAAAAAAACAAACAAAAUAAUGGAUUCCGAAAACAACUUUCAGGAAAUGCUGAGUAUGGGAUGAUUACAUUUCAGCGAAGGAAUAUACUUGGAAACAAAUGUAGUCAUGGUCCAGUGAGGCUUCGUGAAACAGUGUCCUUAUUUCUAGAGCUCAGUAGGUGGCGCUGUUGGCUUAAAAAUUGAAAUGGUUGUUCAAAUCCAAAGAGUUAAGAGCAGAGAGCGCCAUCUAGUCGAAUCACAAAUACUGUUUCAUGAAGCCUUAUUUGCCAUCACAAGCCAAAUGUCACCAGAAGAUGAAAAUACUUAUUGUUACUUACUAACUUACUUGUGUUUUUCAGAUUGUCAGGGUUCAAACUAUGACCAUCCCUGCUUUUUCACAUGAACGCCAUGUAACUGUCUCUAACUCAGUAAAUAAAGUUUCAUUUAUCGUAACAUAUGCUCAGUCCAGUUAGCCAUGAAAUCAUGAAAAAUGUGGAACAUCAAUAGUUUAAAAAUACAAAAAAAUAAUGUUUAAUAAUAAUACAUAAUAUUAAUCAUAAAUGAAUUGUUAUUAACAAUCAUAUUUUGUUAUUGUUAUUUUUUGUUUAUAUUAUUUAUAAUAAUAAUAAUAAUAAUAAUAAUAAUUGAGUAUGAGGUGGCAAUUAACACUAACAUGUUCCUUAUUUUCAUCAUAAUAAAAUGUAUCAAAAAAUAUUCAUCAUCAUAUUACUCUUUCAUACGCAAGAACCUUACAACAAACAAAAAGAAAAUUCCAAUGAAGGAGAAGAAUAAUAAAAUAAAAAGCAAGAAGUCGCUCAAACACGAUCACAUCAAUGCACACACAGAAUACAUAUUAGCUAUGAAUAAACUUCCUUAUUUACAUUAAUCGUGAUGUUGUGUUGAGUGAGCUUUUGGUGACCAUUCCUGGGUUAAAUGUAGUCGUGCUUAACAAGACAUUAAUAUGUACUUUGAGUGAGUAAUAACAGGGUAAUAUACUCCAAAUACACAUAUGAAUGAGCAGUUUAUUUAUGGCAGUAUAUGUUCCCUAAUGUAAAGCGUGACCGCACACAGUACAAGAUACAAAGAUACAGAUGUGUUUUUGUUGCUUUUAUACUUUGAUUCCGCUGAAAACGUUUCUUACUUUUAGAGGAUUCCAUGGGCUUCUGGUGAAAACACUCUCCUGCUAACAAGGAUGAUCAUGGCUGAAAAUAAUGAGUAACAAAGAGCGAAGGCCUCCUCUGGUUUCUAGGUUAGAGCUGCUGUUUUGCUGAGUCCUCAGUGCUGGUGAGCAGCUGUAAUAUUUCCCAGGGUGGCGUCAGGUUUCCAAAGAUACACAGGAUUAGAGGGUUUCACUUGGCUGUGGGACCAACAGAUAACGCGCCUGAAUUCGAGAUUACCACCUUAAAACGAAACAAAAAAAAAAGAAGGGUCAGGAGGAAGGACGUCUUCAGAGAUGAUAUAAUGAAGACAACGAGUGACUAAAAUCCAUCUGUGUUUGAGCAACAAGCACGUUGAAGGACGCACAUACUGACCACUAGAGGUCGCUAAAAAUCAUGAUGAAACUGUGACUAUAUAUAUAUAUAUAUAU